CAGUUGUGGCAGGGCUCAGUGCAUUGCUGCUCCUGGGCGCUCCUCAUCUUGGAUUGAAAAUUGAGGGCAGCAUGAUUUGGCUACUGAAACUCAUCCUGAUGCCAGGAUUACUGGGUUAUUUUUUGGGUCUGAAUGACUCAAUUGUUUCCUCCCUUGAGCUAGCAGUCCACGUGGGUGAUUCAGCCCUGAUGGGAUGUGUUUUCCAGAGCACAGAAAAGAAACGUAUGACCAAGGUAGACUGGAUGUUCUCGCCAGUGAAGCAUGCCAAGGAUGAUUAUGUGCUGUACUAUUAUGCCAACCUCAGUGUGCCUGUGGGACGCUUCCAGAAUCGCGUGCGCUUGGUUGGGGACAUCUCACACAGUGAUGGUUCUCUUCUGCUCCAAAAUGUGGAAGAGGCUGACCAGGGGAUAUAUACCUGUGAAAUUCGCUUUGAAAUGGAGAGCCAUGUGUUCAAAAAACCAAUGGUGCUGCAUGUACUACCAGAGGAGCCCAAAGAGCUCACAGUUCACGUGGGUGACUCAGCCCUGAUGGGAUGUGUUUUCCAGAGCACAGAAGAGAACCUCCUGACCAAGGUAGACUGGUUGUUCUUGCCAGAGGAGCAUGCCAAGGAGGAGAUUAUGUUGUGCUAUUACACCAAAAAAGUACCUGGGGGGUACCGCCAGUAUGGGGGCCGCUUCCAGAACCGUGUAAACCUGGUGGGGAACACUGCCCUCAAUGAUGGCUCCAUCAGGCUCCAAGGAGUGAAGGAAUCCGACAGAGGAAGCUACACCUGCACUAUCCAUCUGGGGAACGUGACAUUCAGAAAAACCAUUGUGCUACAUGUGAUUCAGAAAGAGCCCCAAACAUUGGUGACCCCAGUAGCUUUCAGACCUGAGAUCCUGGGUGGUAAUCAGCUGGUGAUCAUUGUGGGGAUCAUUUGUGUCACUAUCCUGCUGCUUCCUGUUCUGAUACUGAUUGUGAAGAGGACUUCCGGGAAUAAGAGCUCAGCAACUUCCACAACCCUGGUAAAAAGUCUGGAGAACACAAAGAAGGCUCACGCAGAGAACCAUGUUUAUUCCUCAAUAACUACACAGGAGGUGAUGGAGAAAGAAGAACCAAGUGAAAAAUCAGAGGCCACCUACAUGACGAUGAACCCAGUUUGGCCUUCUCUGAGGUCAGAACCAAGUAACCCACUUGAGAAAACAUCAUCUGGGGUAAUGCUAAAAACAGAGCAAGCCUUUUAAGAAGAAAAGAGUUCCCUUCAUCUUUAGGGAACCCUCCUCUGUGUGUCCUGAGUUGCUGCAUCAGUUUUUGCAGACCCCCACCGUCCUACUUGUCCUCCUGCCUCCUCGGUUGGUCAAGGGCUGACAAUGGAGGGCUCAGAGCCUGGAAGAAGGAUGGGGCAGCUCUGGAGGAAUAGGCCCUGAUGAGGGGAGCGUGGACUUGGUCCCUCUGGAGUGGGACACUGGCCCUGGGGACCCUGGCUGAGUUGCCAUAGCAGCGUCAAGCGUUCCAUCCGACCCUCAGCUUGGAUGGCAUUCUUUGUGGAUGAAUUACUGGGAAGAAUCACAGAAAUAAAAACCAACCUAAAUGAUUCCUUUG